CUCUCGUUUCUUUAUUUAAAUACUAAACAAAACUGUUGCUUUCAUAAGUUGUUGUGCAUUUUCAGAGGUAGAGUCUUUGUUAAGUCUUUCAGGAUGGUUGUACCGAGUUACAGUGUGUUAAUUAUUGUGAUAUAUUAUGUUAUAUAUUUACCGUCAGCUCAUGCGAUGACAAGACAGCAACUCAAGAACUCCGGAAAACUCAUGAAAAAAUCGUGUAUGCCAAAGAACGAUGUCACAGAAGAACAAAUCGGGCAAAUAGAACAAGGAAAAUUCUUAGAAGAAAGAAACGUAAUGUGUUACGUCGCUUGUGUGUAUUCUAUGACCCAAGUGGUAAAGAACAAUAAACUGAGUUACGAGGCAGUGAUCAAGCAAGUAGAUUUGAUGUUUCCGCCCGAUAUGAAGGAUGCGGUGAAGGCAGCUGCUGAAAACUGCAAGGAUAUUAGCAAGAAAUACAAAGACAUCUGCGAGGCUUCAUAUUGGACCGCUAAAUGUAUGUACGAUUAUGAUCCGAAAAAUUUUGUAUUUCCUAUGUCGAGGGAGCAGUUGAAGAAGACAUUGACAAUCAUGAAAAAUCAGUGCAUGCCCAAGCAUGGUGUUACUAAUGACGAAGUUAAUGAGAUCGAGAAAGGUGUUUUUUUAGAAGAUCAUAACGUUAUGUGUUAUAUUGCGUGCAUUUAUAAAACUAUUCAAGUGGUAAGGAACAACAAACUGGAUAAAGAUUUGAUAUUGAGACAAAUAGAUAUCCUCUAUCCAAAGGACAUAAAGGAGGCAGUCAAGAAAUCUGUUAUAAAAUGCGUCCCUGUUCUCGUGUCGCAAUCGUAUCACGGUCAUGUCGCAGUCGUGACGCAGUCGUGUCAUUGUCGUGUCGCAGUCGUGUCGCAGUCUUGUCGCAAUCUUGUCGGAGUCGUGUCACUGUCGUGCCGCAGUCGUGUCGCAGCCUUGUCGCAGUAUUGUCACAGUCGUGUCGCAGUCUUGUCGCAGUAUUGUCGCAGUCAUGGCGCAGUCAUGUUGCAAUCGUGUCGCAGUCAUGUCGCAGUCGUGUCGCAGUCGUGUCACAAUCUUGUCGCACCACGGAAGAAGACUACCACAGUCUUGUUUUUUCCAGUUAGUGAAGGAUGUAAAAUGGAUCGUAAACAAUUUUCAUUGCUAAUACUUAUUACAGUUUUGGCUAACGGUUCUGACUCUAUGUCUAGGCAGCAAUUAAAAAACUCAUCGAAAAUGUUAAAAAAAAGUUGCAUGGGCAAAAACGAUGUCACUGAAGAUUUAAUUGGUGAUAUCGAAAAGGGAAAGUUCAUAGAGGAAAGAAGCGUGAUGUGUUACAUUGCUUGCAUUUAUCAAAUGUCUCAAAUCAUAAAAAAUAACAAGCUAAGUUACGAGGCUUCGAUUAAACAGGUGGAUAUGAUGUUUCCUCCAGAUAUGAAGGACGCGAUGAAAGCAUCAAUAGAGAAGUGCAAAGACGUUUCUAAAAAACAUAAGGACCUGUGCGAGGCGUCGUACUGGACGGCAAAAUGUAUUUACGAAGAUAAUCCGAAGAAUUUUAUAUUUGCAUAAUUAUGUGAAGUUAUCUAAAUAAAGGACAUCGACUAAAAAUAAAACUAA